AUGUGCCAAGCAUCUGACGAUUCUGACACUCUGAUGAUUCUGACGCUGGCCGGUGCCAGGGCUUUCAGCACCCGACGACCUCAAUUGCAGCAGUUGCCCUUUUCAAAGGUGCUCAUUGCAAACCGUGGUGAGAUCGCUGUGCGUGUUGCACGCGCUUGUCACGAAGAGGGUCUCAAAACAGUUGGGAUCUAUGCCGAGGAGGACAAAGGCAGUUUGCACGUGCAGCGAGUCACGGAGGCUUUGAAGGUGACCUCCACAAAGCCUGGGCCGAUUGCACCUUACCUUGAUGUGCAGAGCGUGGUUGAAGCUGCUAAGAGCAGUGGGGCAGAAGCUGUCCACCCCGGCUACGGCUUUCUGUCUGAAAGUGCCGACUUUGCAGCGGCCUGCGAGGCAGCUGGCAUCAGAUUCAUCGGUCCACGACCUGAAACCAUUGCUCUCCUUGGAGACAAGGUGAAGGCUCGUGAGCUGGCGAUGUCCAGCGAUGUGCCGGUCUUGAAAGGAUCGCCAUUCCUGGGCUCAUGGAUGGCUGCCAGAGAAUUCUUGGAACGUGAAAAUCUGCCUUUGCCCAUCAUUUUCAAGGCUGCCUUUGGUGGAGGUGGCCGUGGUAUGCGACUCGUGCGGCAAGAUGAUGAACUCAAUGAAGCCUUUGAGCGUUGCACCAGCGAGGCCAAGACUGCCUUUGGUGACGGCUCAGUUUUCUUGGAAGAGUUCCUUGACAACGCGAGGCACAUUGAGGUCCAAGUUCUUGCAGAUGGACAAGGGGGCUGUGCUCAUCUUUUUGAGCGUGAUUGCAGUGUGCAACUGCGAAAUCAGAAGGUGGUGGAAGUGGCCCCGGCUCGCAUACACCCAGAGCUUCGAAAGCGCAUCACCGAGUGCGCUGUACGGCUGCUGCUCACCUGUCAAUAUCGUGGCGUGGGCACCGUUGAGUUCAUGGUGGCAGGAAGCCUCCAGGAUCCAGAUGCACGCUUUGUCUUCAUGGAGGUGAACCCGCGAAUCCAAGUGGAGCACACCAUCACCGAGGAGGCCACAGAUGUGGACAUUGUGAAGACGCAGCUGGGCAUCGCAGGAGGCUUCAAGUUGGAAGAGCUCGGUCUCAGCCCAGGAGCAAAUCUGGAGGCCUCCCAGCUGCGAGGCUUCGCCAUCCAGGCACGUGUCUCCCUGGCACCAGGUGGCAACGAGGUCUCCAAGUAUGAAGAACCAAGUGGCGAGGGUGUGCGUGUGGAUGCAGCCCUGUAUGCUGGUGGAAAGCCGAGCAUGCACUACGACCCACUGGUUGGGAAGCUGAUUUGCUAUGCACCUGGGCAAGGGGAUGAUGCCUUCCAAGCCAGUCGUGAGCGGACCAUCACAGCCCUGGACUCCUACGUCAUCGAUGGUGUAAACACCAACAAGCCAACUCUCAGGGGUAUUCUGCACCACCCGGAGUUCAUCAACAACGAGGUCUUGCUGUCCUUCAUGGCUCGCCAUGGUGCCACCUUGGCUGGUGGCAGCAGCGCACCAGCAGCGCUUCGGCGCCAGCAGCUGCCCGUGACCUCCCCUUUGGAGGCCACGGUGGUGCGCAGCUGUGUGACCGAAGGCGCCGAGGUAGAGGAGGGUCAACUCUUGGUACUUCUCUCGGCCAUGAAACUUGAGACGGAGGUGCGCGCGCCUCACGCUGGCACAGUCUUGAAAGUGGCGGUGCAAGACAAUGAGACCGUGUCGUCUGGACAAGAUCUCGUCGUCUUGGAUGCUUUGGUGCCUGAAGAAGGCCAAGGUGCAGCUGCAACAACAGCAGCUGCAGCUGCAGCGAAUCGCGUCCGUGUAGGUGGCCUCGCCAGCAUUGAUGGCUCCGCUGUUUGGUACGGCAAGACCAGUGGUGUGAAGCCCUGUGAGGGUCCCAGCCACAGCAGCAUACGCCUGCCGCCUCCUCGCACACAUGAAGAGGGCUAUGUCCAGCGAACUGUGCACCACACCGCGUUGUUGGCAGAGCUGCAACAGCGUUUGGAUGUGGUCCGUGCAGGUGGAGGUGCGAAGGCAGUCGAACAGCACCACGGCCGCGGCAAGGCGGACCCAGGCAGCAAGUUCCUGGAGCUCUCGCCAUUGGCCGGCUAUGAUCUUUAUGAUGGCAGCGCCCACUCAGCAGGUAUUGUCACUGGCAUUGGCCUUGUCCAUGGGCGAGAAGUACUCUUUGUGGCCAACGACGCCACAGUGAAAGGUGGUAUGUAUUAUCCCAUGACGGUGAAGAAGCACUUGAGAGCACAGCAGAUCGCCAUGGAGAACAACUUGCCCUGCGUGUAUUUGGUGGACUCUGGCGGUGCAUACCUGCCUUUGCAGGAUGAGGUUUUCCCUGACAGAAUGCACUUUGGCCGCAUCUUCUACAACCAGGCACAGAUGUCCAAGAAGGGCUUGCCACAGGUCUCAGCUGUGCUGGGCUCCUGUACAGCCGGUGGCGCAUAUGUUCCGGCCAUGUCGGAUGAGAAUAUCAUUGUCAAAGGCAACGGCACCAUCUUCUUGGGCGGGCCACCCUUAGUCAAGGCUUCCACUGGCGAGGAGGUCUCUGCCGAGGCAAUGGACGGAACCAAUGAACGACCAGGUCCAGCUAUGUCCAGCUAUGUCCAGCUAUGUCCAGCUAUGUCUAGCUAUGUCCAGCUAUGUCCAAUGGAUGGAUAUAUGAUAUAUGUGUUGCAUCAUGUUGCAUCAUGUUGGGUUGACGGGGGGGUUGCCCCGCUUUCACCCGUCUUGUUUCGUCUGUUUGUCAAAUGCAAAGUGCACAUGAUCAAACAUGAGCGUUUCGUUGUGGCGAAAUGGCCAUUUUCACAGAUGUCUGUGAUGUGCAAUGGAUGUCAGUUCUGCUUAGCGGUGUCAACAUAA